UGAAGGUGCUGGGCUAUGGUCUUCUGACACAAUUUGUUACUAAAAAAUUUCUUUAGAUUCGUAUGGUAGCACUGUAACGGGAAUAAACCCGUUACUUGUACAAGUUCCCAUGUUUCCUCUUGUAGAGCAAGGAAAAAUUGUUACUAUAACUUCAAAUGCAUUACUUCAUUGUGUUAUAACCGAGAAUCACGCAAAAGACGGAUUAAGCAUCGUAUACUGGUGUGAAUAUUCUGAAGUGUGUUACAUUUUACGCAUUUCAACCAAGCAUUACACAACUUUGCAACCCAGACAUUUACAGGGUCAAUCGCCUAGUGAUGUUCCAAAUCAUGAACAUUUAUUACAGACCCCUGAAACGUAUAUUUUACCAAGUCAAAAAAAGGGUAAAACAUCAUGCUGUAUUACGAAUGAAGCACUUUACAUUUUUCUAUUCACAAUUUGAGUAAUAUUUCAAUUUUCAAAUGUUAAAGAAUACUGUAGUGAUGAAAACAACGAAAUGUAAGCGUACAAAAAAGAAUCAGUUUUCAGUAGCACGUGUGUCGCUUUCUCUUUUGUGUUGCGUCACUUUGUGAAGCAUUUGCAAAUGUUGUUAGAGCAAGUUGUACGUGGACUGCUAAAUUGGUGUUGAUGCACUGUGCAGCAGAAGUGGUGUUGAAAUGUUUUUCUGUUUUGAAGGUGAAUUGAAAUACUUUUAAUUCUUUUUUUUCACUCUUCUUUUUUGCGUGACAUGAAACUCUGAAUAAUAAUUGUCCUUUUAUAUAGAAUUGAGUUAAAGCAAAAAUAUGCCAUCAUAAUACAGUGAGAUUACUUUUAUUCUUCGUCAAUUUUUGUUUUCUUUUAUUUUUUUUUUAAUAACAUGGUCAAAAUCCUAACACUCUAUCGCCCUUUGUUGAUGAACUAUAUUUUUUUGAUUUGUUCAAAUUUUCAAUCUUUAAAUAAAAUAAAUAGUCUUGUUUUUAGUAGUACGUUGUUUGUUGUAAGUCAACCGAUUGAAAAAUUUGUUCGACCUCAUCAUCAAUCGGUGUUGGAGAACCCAAAACUAAACAUUUUGAUUUCAACUCAAACAUUAGAAUUUGUGAAUAAAAAAAAUUUUUUUUUAAAGUCUCAAGAAUAUCCUUUUGAUGUUAUUGAAAAUAAAACCUCAGGGCCAUUAUCGUUUGAAGACAUUUAUCAAAUUUCCAACGAACAACUUUUUCAAACAAUAAUUGAAGGACAAUAUAAAAUUCGUAAUUUAACACUGUAUAUGCUUCUUUUGGAUGGUGGUAGUACAAAAACAAGCGGAGUUCUUUGGAGUACUACCGUUACUCAAAAGGUAGGACAGAUUCUUUUUGUCGAUUGGUCUGGUAUGAAAAUUGUAAAGAAUUUAGGACUAACUCGAGAUUUACGUAGUUUUCAUAAACACAUUCUAACUCUUAAAUGUCAUGAUUCAAUUUUAGAAGCCACUGCUGAAUUAUUACAACCUCUUUUUAAACGAGCAAGACAUGAAAUAAAAAGUAUUAUUAAGGAAUCUUUUUUUCCUGACUCUAUCAUUCCAAACAUACCCGUCAUUGUUCAUUCAACUGCUGGAUUACGUGAUUUGAGCGCAACGUCACGCCGUGAUUUGUUUCAAGCCAUUGAAUUUGUUGUCAAUGUUGGUUUAGAAAAUUAUGAUAGUUACAAAAACACUAAUCCCGUUAGUUAUAAUUGUUCAAAUCCUUCCGUGCCCCAUUUGAAAUUGAAAAAGCUUAAAACAUGCUUUCAAGUUGAUUUACCUUUGCAAAAACCAAAAAAAAAAAUUAUACGAUUUUUCACAACGUCCCGUUAUUGUCGAGCUAUAAGCGGUAUUGAAGAAGCUGUCUUCACUUUUAUGACAGCUAAUAUAGCGACAGGCGUUAUACAAGAUAUGGCGAAAAAUUCCAGCAAACGGAAAGACUUGGUAAACAUUUUAGAAGUUGGAGGUGCUUCAAUGCAGGUUGUUUUCACGGUUCAAAAAAAUACAUCAGAUACAAAACUUUUGACGUUGGAUUUACUUGAAGACGAAAAAUUUCUAAAAAAAGACAUGUUCCCUUCUUCCAUGAAGGAUUUUGAUGUGUUUGGAUCAAGUUAUAUGAAUUUGGGCAACAAUCGUGCUUUAGCAUUACUUUUAAAGCAACACUGUCAAAAUAAUACUACUCCAGAAGGAAAAUGUUAUUCUCCUUGUUUUCAUAAAGGAUGGAAACAAACCUGUAUACCCGGAACACCUCGACGACGUAAAGAUUUCACCAAUUCAACAGAAGGAUCUCCCUUGGAAAUGGAUAGUUUAGGUCGCGUUAUUAUGGAUGGAAAUUAUUUAUUAGAAGUUGCACAAUUCUGUAACACAGACGAUCCCUUGCUCAACCAGACAAUUCCUCGCGAAAAUUGUAUACGUGCUGGUUUCGACCUUGAUAAGACAACACUAGAGGAGAAAGCACAAAUUGAUGGUUGCGUUGAAAUUGAGGGCACUGCAAACGUUACCGAAUGUCAUAAGGUUAUAUGGGAUUUUUUGUUUAGUAAGGAACUUCCAGGAAAUCACCAAGCUCGUUUAGAAACUGGUACAGGAUCUCCUCUUGAGAUAGGCCAACUUAUCAAACCAAAUGGAACUCUUUACGUAAUUGGCAACUCUUUAAAUAUUCCUAUAUCGAAAUUGAAAAAAUGGAAAAUGCUAGAGUCUGCUUAUUAUAAUGCAGGUUCUGGUAUUAUGAAGCGUUGUGAUUUAACAUAUCUGGAAAAUGCUUCUCGGCUUUUGUGUGGAAUGGAACUUGAUAAAAGCCAUAAAUUCAUUAAUCCUGUCACUUUAGAACCUAUUCAAAUCGAUCAAGAAAAUUAUGACUAUUGCUACCGAUCUGUGUAUGCUCUAGCAUUAUUCCAAUCUCUAAAUGUUAAAAAAGGUGAUGUACAGGUUCAAUUCGAAACAAAAAUUAAUCAUGUCAAAAAUGGUGAAGUUAUUGAUUUUGGAUGGAGUUACGGAGCUAUCACAAAUCUUAUUCUCAACUCAAGCUUUAUUUUGGAUUUAUUUACAUUAGGCCCCCAAUAUUAUAAAGCGGCUUGUCAACCUCCUCAGCUUUUAUUUUAUGAUGUAUUUCAAAAACUUCUCAAGUUUGGAAAUUCGUUUAAGGUUAAAUAGAAAUGUGUUCAUAGAGCACACAUCGCAAGGUCUUUUUUUCAGUAAAUUUAAAAAAAAAACGCAAAAACAUUCUUUAUAUCGCAUUAUUUUUAAUAAUUAUUAGUUUAUAAUAACUUUUACUUUUAUUUAACGUUAAGAAUUUUUUUUUUACAAAGGACAGUUUUGAUAAAGUGUUG